CGCGCUCACAGACACACACACACACUCCCCAAACAAAGAGAAGCACGCGAGGCAGCAGCGCAGCAUCCCACCCUUCAGCCGCGAGCUUGGUCUCUAUCAGAACCGUACCCCCCCAUCCCGAACAAAAAAAAAACCUCCUCUCAUUCAGAACCGGUCCGGACCGACGCUCACAGACCACCAUGACAACUAACGGCGCCACCAACGGAACCAGCGACAUGCUGCAGAUCCAGUUCGGUCUCAUCAACUGCGGGAACAAAUACCUCACGGCGGAGACGUUCGGCUUCAAAAUCAACGCGUGCGCCACGAGCAUGAAGAAGAAGCAGAUCUGGACUCUGGAGCAGAGCGGCGACGACUCCAGCGGCAACGUCUUCUACCUCAAGUCACAUCUGGGCCGCUACAUCGCCGCGGACAAGGACGGGAACGUCACCGGAGACAGUGAGAGUCCAGGCCCGGAGUGCCGGUUCGUCAUCACCGCCCACGAUGACGGCCGCUGGUCCCUGCAGUCCGAGCAGCACGGCCGCUACCUGGGCGGCACCGAGGACCGGAUCAUCUGCUUCGCUCAGACAGCGUCUGUGGCGGAGAAAUGGAGCGUGCACAUCGCCAUGCAUCCUCAGGUGAACAUCUUCAGCCUGACGCGCAAGCGCUACGCGCACCUGAGCUCCAAGGUGGACGAGAUCGCCAUCGACCGGGACGUCCCGUGGGGGGUGGACUCCAUGAUCACGCUGGUGUUCCGCGAGCAGCGCUACCACCUGCAGACCUCCGACAACCGCUUCCUGAGGAACGACGGCGCGCUGGUCGCCACCACGGACAAGACCACGGGCUACACGCUGGAAUUCCGCUCCGGUAAGGUGGCCUUCAGGGACUGUGGCGGCCGGUACCUGGCGCCCUCCGGACCCUCCGGGACCAUGAAGUCCGGCAAGAGCGCGCGCGUGGGCAAGGAUGAGCUGUUCGUGCUGGAGCAGAGUCACCCACAGGUCGUGCUCACCGCUGCCAACGAGAGGAACGUCUCCACCCGGCAAGGUAUGGACCUGUCGGCCAAUCAGGACGAGGAAGGUGACCAGGAAGUCUUCCAGGUGGAGAUUUGUCGUGAAAACAGGAAGUGUGCGUUUCGGACUGCUGCCGGGAAGUACUGGACCCUCACUGCUAACGGUGGCCUGCAGUGCACCGCCUCCACCAAGUCGGCUAAUUGCUACUUCGACAUUGAGUGGCGUGGGAAGAGGCUGACUCUCCGGGCAGCUAAUGGGAAAUACGUUGCCGCCAAGAAAAAUGGCCAGCUAGCAGCCACCAUCGACUCUGCAGGUGAGACGGAGGAGUUUGUCAUGAAGCUGAUUAACCGCCCAAUCAUCGUGCUGCGCGGGGAGCACGGCUUCAUCGGCUGCAGGAAGGUGACGGGGACGCUGGACUCCAACCGCUCCUCCUACGACUACUUCACUCUGGAGUUCAGAGACGGAGCUUACAGCCUGCAAGACUCCACGGGUAAAUACUGGAUGGUUGGCAACGAGCAGUCGGUGGUGAGCAGCAGCGACGCGCCCGUCGACUUCCUCUUCGAGUUCUGCGACUACAACAAGCUGGCUGUGCGCCACGCCGGCGACGGCAAGUACCUCCGCGGCGACCACGCUGGUGUGCUGAAGGCCAACGCUGAUGAGCUGGAGACCGCCACACUCUGGGAGUACUGAGGAAUGGGAGGGGGGGGAACCACCGGUUGCUCAUUGCUGCAAUGCUGAUGAAUGAAUAAAUGAAUGAAAGUGUGGCUACGCAGCACGACAGUACUACCCAUCCAUUCAUCUACCUAUCCACCACCCUCCAUUCCCCAUAUAAUCUCCUUUACUUAUGACUUUAUUUGUUGAUGAACUGCACAGAGAACAGGAAGGACGGAAGAAGGAAGGAGAAGCCUCUCUCUCUCGACUCCCUUUCCUUCUUUUUCAUCCUUCCUUCCUCCCGUAUCCCAGCUCUGCUCCGCAGUGCCGACCUUCAUCUGUUGCCAUAGUUACUGAGGGGUUGUGCACUUUUUCUGCUCCGAUCUGGUUUUUGCUGCUCGACCUGUCACUCACUCCCACCUUCGCCUUACGAUUGGGCCGUCCCUCUCCCAGAGCGGAGUUAACCCCGUGUGUGUUUACGUGUGUGUGUGUGUGUGUGUGAGAGCGGCCCUGUGGUGGCUGUAUUUAUGGCGUCUGACCUGGUCUGGUAGAACAAUUUCUCCUUGAUCUUAUCUCCCAAACACGACUCACCCCCAGGAUUAAAUGUGCUCCAGCUGCUCCCUGUCAGCUGGAUAUGAAUGAGACUGAAGGUGAGUGAGGUUUGGCUCAUAUGAUUCUGUGCUUCUACCAGACCAGAGCAGACAUAUGAUUGUUCUCAUCAGCAGGAUUUCUUUUCUCAGUGUGAUGACUGUCAUGAUAUAACUGGAGAUAUCAGCACGAUGUACCUGAACGGGUUUAAUCCCCACUCCUCUUCAUCUCAACUGUAACAUAUUGAAAAUGUAAACCAGUUUUCUGUUUCUGUGUUGUUCUCUAGCUCUUUGGUUUGCAGGGAUUUUUGAUUUCCUGAACCAAAACAGGAUGUAGGAAGUUAAAAACUCUUGUCCUCCUUUCUCUUUCCGCUACGAGCAAAAACCUAUUGUCCCAAGAACAGUGUAAAGAAAAUGAUUUAAAAAAAAAAAGAAUAAUAGUGCAGUCACUUAUGUUUGCACUCAUGUCUAACUGGAAAAAAAACUAAAUACUUGCUGAUGCACAGAUUGAUCAAUUUCUUCUUCUAUGUCCAAGGCACAGACAUUAUCAUGGGUAGGAGUACAGUAGGUAGCCAUAGUAACUGGAAAGAAAUUAUUUAUAGACCUUUUUCUGUGAGCUGCUUCUUUUUCAAUCCCUCAAUCCAAACCCAAACCUCAGCCUUCAUCUAAUUCAAGCCUUUGAUACUGGAUUAACAAGCUGUCAUCUCACGCACGUCCAACACAACUGGAACCUGGUGCUACGUCUCACUGUUACUGUCACCGUCCUGUUGAGCAUCCGGCACGCUCUCUGGUGUUUUCUGCCACGUCUCGGCCCACUCUCUCCCUCCACGUCCCUGACAUGAAACCAAAAGAGCCGUGAGAGUGCCCAUAAAAAAAAAAUUGUAAUCUAACUCUGCUUGUUUUCUUUUGGUUUUAAUUUCUGUUUGAACUUAGACGGCAUGUGACCAAAUUUUAUUUGUUUUUGUUCUAUGUUUUAGAGCGAAUGUGUCGUCUAUUAAACUGUAGCACAUUACACCCAUGGGUCCUGCCCUCUUUGAUCCUCUAGCCUUUGUCAGCCCGCUUUCUCCUUACAGUGAUUAUCGUCUCAUUUUUAUACAACACAUUAAACACAUGGCCCCAGAUUAUCGGGUUCUUGUAUCAUCUCAAUCCUCACAAAACAUUCCUUCUGAGGUGGGAAAAGUCAGUCGUCGUCGCUGUAGCGGCUCAAAACGAAUCAAACGUUUUUCUUUCUCAAAGUUUUGGCCGUUUUUUUUUGCAUGAAGGGCUGAGAAUGUCAAGCAAAUAAAAAAGGACUGGUUAUCCUCGGAGAAAUGAGCGUCUCCAAGGUAACCAAGACCAAGGCUUAGACAAACGGAUGUGGAAGGGUAAACAUGUGGUAAUGACUGUGCCUUACUCUUGAGUUUUUGGGCAGUAGUUUGAAAAAAAAAAAGAUGGGAAAAAAGAAUUAAUGUCCACAUCUUUGCUUUGUAUAACUGGAACUUCCUUUUGUAUUAUUAUUUUGUAUAAUUUUUCAACUUUCUGGAUUAAUCUCUCUCGUGCCAUUGGUUCACCUGAAAUCCAACGACCAAUAAAACUGGGAUUUGGAAUGCUA